AUGAAUGAACCAACAACUUUGUGGGCACAAAUUUAUGAGCACAAGUACCUAAAGGAGAAGAACAUUCUUCACCAAAACUAUAAAUGCCCUACUACAACUUCAUGGGUUUGGAAGAAUAUCGUUAGAGAGGCGCACAAUGUCAGAGAAAAUUCGCUGUGGAAGGUGGGAAAUGGAAACAACAUCAAAAUAUGGGAGGACAAAUGGUGCAAAGAGGGUAUUACACAAGUCAAAAAUUAUAAGGAUCUUUCUCCAGUGACAUGGUUAAGUAAACUGAUGGACUGCAAUGAUCAGGACAGGAUUUGGGAUAUGCAAAAACUAGAGACAUACUUUGAGGAUCACUGCAUACCUAAUAUCAUAACUAUUGAGAUAAAAAGUGGACAAGAGGAUCAACUUACCUGGACUUUGGACCGGAAAGGUUGCUUCACUACUAAGUCGCUUUACAAUAAGCUGAUAAGAGUUCGAAGAACGGAAGAUGCUCAAGCUCAGAGAAUGUGGAAAGAAAUAUGGAGCAUGAAUGUGAUGCCAAGAAUCAAAACCUUCAUCUGGAAAUGUGUGCUCUCGAUAUUACCUCUCAAUGAAAGGAUUGGUCAGAUUAUUCACUCAAUUAACAAAUUAUGCCCCAACUGUGGGAAGCAGGAAGAAACCCUAACCCACUUAUUUAUGUAUUGUGAUUUUACUCUUGCUGUGUAUGAUAGGCUAGGUCUUCAUAUGUUAUAUUUAGAGAAUACUGAUUUGGACUUUCACAGGUGGUUUCUAAAUUGCUUAUAUAGCCCUAGCCAUGAUAUUAGCUAUGAAGGAAAUAAUGCAGAAGUAAUACCAUGUGGGGAAUUUGGAAAGCUAGGUGUGAUUGGGUUUUCGAUAAGAAAACUCUAA